UUCUCAGAGAGAUAUAAAAAGCUGGUCUGCGUUCUGCUUUCACGCGUGAGUGCGCCAGGCCAGUGUGAACAGAGACACUCCGUAAUAAACUUUACAUCCGCCCGCAAGACCAAAGCUCUGCAAAACACACCAAAAAUGGCACCCGUCGGGUCCAAGAAGGGCAUCCUUGAACGCCUGAACGCCGAUGAGAUUGUGAUCGGAGACGGCGGCUUCGUGUUCGCGCUGGAGAAGAGAGGCUACGUGAAAGCCGGACCCUGGACUCCUGAAGCCGCAGCUGAACACCCCGAAGCAGUACGACAGCUGCACAGGGAAUUCCUGAGGGCGGGGUCAAAUGUCAUGCAGACUUUUACCUUCUACGCCAGCGACGACAAACUUGAGAACAGAGGCAACACUGUCGGUUUCACAGGGGUGCAAGUCAACGAGGCCGCUUGUGACCUGGCCAGGGAGGUCGCUAAUGAGGGCGAUGCCCUAGUGGCGGGCGGAGUCUCUCAGACCCCCUCGUACCUGAGCUGCAAAAGCGAGGCUCAGGUGAAGUCCAUCUUCAAGAAGCAGAUGGACGUCUUCGUCAAGAAGAAUGUGGACUUCCUGAUCGCCGAGUACUUCGAGCACGUGGAGGAAGCCGAGUGGGCCGUCCACGUCCUGAAGGAAACUGGGAAACCCGUCGCUGCCAGCCUGUGCAUUGGUCCAAUGGGAGACAUGCACGGAGUUACCCCCGGAGAGUGCGCCAUCCGUCUGGUGAAGGCUGGUGCCGACAUUGUCGGCGUGAACUGCCACUUUGACCCGAAGACCUGCGUCGAGACUGUGGUCAUGAUGAAGGCGGCAGUGGAGAAGGCUGGACUGAAAGCUCACUACAUGGUGCAGCCACUGGCCUUCCACACACCUGACUGCAGCUGCCAAGGCUUCAUCGACCUGCCCGAGUUCCCGUUUGCUCUGGAGCCCAGAGUGCUGACCCGCUGGGACAUGCAGCAGUAUGCCAGAGAGGCCUACAAGGCAGGUAUCCGCUUCAUCGGAGGCUGCUGUGGGUUCGAGCCUUACCACAUCCGUGCUGUAGCUGAGGAGCUGGCUCCGGAGCGUGGGUUCCUGCCCGAGGGCUCACAGAAGCAUGGCCAGUGGGGAAGCGGCCUGGAGAUGCACACCAAGCCCUGGGUCCGUGCCAGAGCCCGUCGUGAUUAUUGGGAGAAGCUGAAGCCCGCCUCCGGCCGCCCGUUCUGCCCAUCCAUGUCCGCCCCGGACAGCUGGGGUGUCACUAAAGGCCACCCGGAGCUGAUGCAGCAGAAAGAGGCCACCACUCAGGAUCAGCUGCGCCCGCUGUUCGCCAAGUCCGAAGCCAAGUGCUGAAUAUGGAGAUGAAGGAAAAACCCACGCUCACCCCUGCCAAUCAGAGUGUGGGAAACCAAAAGAGAGAAGAGGGGGGAGGAAAUGGAUUGGAAAAAGACGAGACCUUCCUCUCUCCCUCUCGUUCUCUUUUAUUAGUUUACGUAUAAUUCGAACUGAAAUGUUCAUAUUGGCAUGUUUUUGCCAGGACCAUAUUUCUAUCAAAAGAAACUCUAUUCUUUUUCUCCAGCCUGCGAAAGCAGUGUUUAGACUAAAAAGUACAUUCAUAAUCGUACCUGCGCACCGUGGCCUUUGUGUCUUACUGUACGAUAUCGAUGCUAACAUUUUGGCUUAUACUCUGUGAGUCGAUUUCACCUGUCUGAUGACUCUCUGUGGCACUGUACAACUCCUCGCUACUGAGACAAGCAAAGCUGCGUGACCACAUUUGAGCCUUUCGGAGUCGUUCGAAAUUCCAGGUUCGGCGAACACUCCAGGCUUUCGAUGGUGUCUGAUGUUUCACAUUUUGUUGUUGACUUAAUGCUUCAUUAAACACAUCAAUGUGA